AUGGCCGACGAGAGAAAGUCCAUUAGACCGUCUCAAUCCCUACCCGUCCUCGAAGCUGUGCGCAUUGCGAAGCGGUUGUCGAUACCACGAGGCGACAGCAUCAAGGCCAUCGAGACCACGUCAACACCGGAAGCCAAGCUUUCGGCACGCGGCGUGUGUCACCGAACGAGCGCACAUUUCGAGGGGCUUGUCAAGUCGUCCACGUGGGUGCUCAAGAAUGCCCUGUCAUCCGAAGUUGGCCGGCCCGUACGCGAAGCCCACGUUCGGAUCGGCCGCGCCUACGCCUACUACCGGCUCGGGCAGUACAAGCAAGCACUGCAAGACUUCACCUCGUGCAUCGACAUAGACCCCGCGUGGGCUCUGGCCUACUUUGAUCGAGGGUGCACCUACUAUCACAUGGGAAAGCUCGACCGUGCAAUCCAAGACAUAACGAAAGCCAUCAAGUUCGACCCCAAGAACAAGACGUACCUCGACAGCCGGGCCAUGCUCUACCGUGAGCACGGCCAUUUUCGCGAAGCCAUUGCCGACUACAACCGCAUCGAAGGACUCAAGAUCGUCCCGCCGGACGAAACCAUCUUUGGCCUCGAAGCUGCCGUCGCCACGCACAACAUUACACAGCGGCGACCCGUGGCCAAGAGCUUGCACGACGAGCUGGACCCGCGCAUCAUGAGUGUCUUUCGCUACAAGCCCAAGGAGCGACCAGAAGCGACGAUUCUCAGUGGCUACCAGAUUGCCAAGUCGUGGCGUGUUUUUGAGCGGGAAAGUCAGAAUGUGAUUGUGGACUUUUUACAAGUCGGCCGCCUCGAGUCGUAUGCUGCGCGGAGCUACAUUUUCCGACAAGGCGAUGACGCGGCGCACUACUAUAUCAUUAUGGCCGGCAGUGUCGUUGUCACGACGGAAUCCAUUGAAAAUGGACAAGUCAAGACGCAAAAGCUCUGUUCGCUCUUUGAAGGCGACGGCUUUGGCGAGCCACGCGAGUUUCAUGGUCCGCGCCGCGCGUCCGUGCUCACGUCCGACACGGUGCACUGCCUCGUGGUCUCGCACCAGUUUUACCAAAACAUCAUGGAGCGCCACGUCCAGAGCCAGCUCGAAGAAAAGUGCGCCGUGCUGCGCAAGUGCCGCGUGUUUGACUCGUGCACCGACGAGGUGCUGCAGCGUGUGGCCCAAAUGUCCAGUCUCCUCAUGUUCCAGCCCUAUCGAACCGUGAUGAAAGCUGGCGACAUGGUCGACAAGCUCUACGUCAUCAAGCGAGGCGUAUGCACUGUCAAGAAGCUGCUUCCCAUCGACGCCAAGCACGGCGAGAGCGCUAGUCGCGAGGGAAAACGAUCCAGUGUGAAGCGUACAAAGGUCCCCGAGUGCUACGACGGCUCGUGGGCCGUCGACAAUGGUUGGCAGCUGACCAAUCCGCGUCUCCGCAGCGAAUUUGCGCCAGAAGGACGCGGAGCCAUCGAAGUCACGAUUGCAACGCUGUCGACGGGCCAAGUGUUUGGCGAAGUGUGUGUUUUGCGGCACAACCAGUCGUCGACGAUUUCCGUCACGUCGGACACGCUUCUGGAAGUGCUCGAGCUCAACCAGAACGGUCUCGCACAACUCAAUCUCAAGUUCAACAGCCGCACCAUGAACGCGCUCCAGAACUCGUUCCUGUACCACAACCCGCCGCACCCCAAGAUGGCCCACCUCUUUGGCGAGCAGCUCUCGUGGCGCCAGGAAAAAUCGCGCAUCGUGCUCGACGUGCUCGAAGACAGCCCCGGGAAUGGCGUCGUCAAGCGCGCGACGCUGGGUCGACACUCGGCGUUGGACCCAUCAACCUUUUAUAUUAAUUGA